UCACCUGACUAACAAAGGACCUGACUCCAUCCCCAGAAGGAGACAAACAACCCCCCCGGCUUACGUCACUGCCAGAGAGGAAUUCGUCUACGGGGAGGCCUUUCAAGUCACGUUUUUCAAAGAGUUUCAGUUGAAGCAACUCAACAAGAAAUCGGCUCUCCACGAUGGUGUCCACUGGGAUACAGAUUCUGGGCGCAGCUCUGGGGCUCCUGGGCUGGAUCGGCGCCAUCCUCGUGUGCGCCCUUCCCAUGUGGAAGGUGUCUGCGUUCAUCGGCAGCAACAUUAUCACUUCGCAAACCAUAUGGGAGGGUAUUUGGAUGAACUGCGUGCACCAGAGCACGGGCCAGAUGCAGUGUAAGGUCUACGACUCCAUGCUGGCCCUCAGCUCUGACCUCCAGGCCGCCCGGGCCCUGACCAUCCUCUCCAUCGUGGUGGGCAUCCUGGCUAUCCUGCUUAGCGUCGCCGGGGGGCAAUGCACCAACUGUUUGGAAGAUAAAGCGGCCAAGUCCAAGGUGGGCAUUGCAGCUGGAGUGAUGUUCAUCAUAGCUGGGAUCCUCUGCCUCAUCCCCCUCUGCUGGACGGCACACACCAUCAUCCAGAACUUCUACAACCCGCUGUUGGUCAGCUCCCAGAAGAGGGAGUUGGGUGCCGCAGGCAAGGUGGGCCUCCAGAUCAUGGGUAUGCUGCUGGCCUUCAUCGGCUGGCUGGGCACCAUCAUCACCUGCGCCAUGCCCAUGUGGAGAGUCACCGCUUUUGUCGGGGCGAACAUCGUCACCGCCCAGGUGAUCUGGGAGGGCCUGUGGAUGACCUGCGUGGUCCAGAGCACCGGCCAGAUGCAGUGCAAGAUCUACGACUCCAUGCUCGCUCUGCCCCAAGAGCUGCAGGCCGCCAGGGCCAUGGUGGUCAUCUCUGUGAUCGUCGGGGUGUUCGGCAUCCUCAUGGCCGUGGUCGGGGGAAAGUGCACCAACUGCAUGGAGGACGAAGUGGCCAAAGCCAAAGCCUGCAUCGUGUCCGGGGUGAUCUUCAUCAUAACGGCCAUGAUGAUCAUGAUCCCCGUGUCGUGGUCGGCUCACGCGGUGAUCAGGGACUUUUACAACCCCCUGGUGAUUGCGUCUCAGAGGAGGGAGCUCGGGGCCGCACUUUACAUCGGCUGGGGCUCCGCCGGGCUGCUGCUGCUGGGAGGAGGCCUGCUCUGCAACAACUGCCCCCGGAAGGAUGCCGCAAGACCCUACGCACCUGCCAAGUUCGCCCCUGUGAGAACCGCGUCGUCAAACGUCGACUAUGUGUGA